GGAAGAUGCCCCGACGACACGUCAGCACCAUCACCGGAUACAAGGUGUUUUACACAGAGAUAAAAAAUGGCCGCCCACUCGGCACGGCUUCUGUGCUGGAAGUGCCUCUCAGUUUGGACAUGCUGACAACUGGCCAAUUUGAUGGGCAGGCAAGCUUUGUAAGUACAUUUUCGUGUUUUAUAGCAAAUGUGUGUGUGUGUUUGUGUAAGUAGAGUUAUUAGGAUGUCGAUCUUUCUGUCCCUUUUUUAGCUAUUGUAACCAUUUUUGUUCAAUUACAUUCAUUCAUUUUCUAUCUAUAUUGCCUUUUAAUGUAUUUUUUUUCCAAUGUGAAUAUUUUUCCUCAGUGUUCUGCUUUUUUUUGGCACUAUGCAGUACAGUUCGGCAUGUACCGGGAUUUCACGUACACAAUAAAGUUGGAGAGGAAAAAACAGAUUUGUACAUGGAUAAAUAUGCAAAAAAAAAAAAGUGCACACAGAGGCAGCUUUGAAAAAGAAAUGAUUUCCAGGGAUUAACUGCAUUAUGAGAAGAUGAUAAAAUAGUUUUUUUAAUUAAAAAAAAUUAAUUAUAAUUAAUUAAUCAAAUAAUUCAUACUUGUCUUGUAUAUUUCUUAGCUAACUUUUGUUAAGUCGCUGUGUGAUGAUUUUAGCAUAAUUUUGUACAAUGACACCAUGAGUCAGAUUGUUACAUUGAGCUCGUGAUUGGCGCCUGUCAAAAAAAAAGAGCUACCAUUUCCACAGGGUUCAAAAAAAAAAAAAAAAGUAGCGGCUCAUACACUGGAAAUUACGGUACUUUUUGCUGUAUCUUUUGUCUUUUGUCCCUUUUUUAGCUUUUUUUUGUUCUAUUACAUUCAUUCAUUUUCUAUCUAUAUUGCCUUUUAAUGUAUUUUUUUCCCAAUGUGAAUAUUUUUCCUCAGUGUUCUGCUUUUUUUGGGACUAUGCAGUAUAGCUCGGCAUGUACCGGGAUUUCACGUGUAUGAGCCGCACACAAUAAUGUUUUUUUUGUACAUGGAUAAAUAUGCAAAAAAAAAAAAGUGCACACAGAGGCAGUUUUGAAAAAGAAAUGUUUUCCAGGGAUUAACUGCAUUAUGAGAAGAUGAUAAAAUAGUUUUUUUAAUUAAAAAAAAAUUAUUAUAAUUAAUUAAUCAAAAAAUUCAUACUUGUCUUGUAUAUUUCUUAGCUAACUUUUGUUAAGUCGCUGUGUGAUGAUUUUAGCAUAAUUUUGUACAAUGACACCAUGAGUCAGAUUGUUACAUUGAGCUCGUGAUUGGCGCCUGUCAAAAAAAAAGAGCUACCAUUUCCACAGGGUUCAAAAAAAAAAAAAAAAGUAGCGGCUCAUACACUGGAAAUUACGGUACUUUUUGCUGUAUCUUUUGUCUUUUGUCCCUUUUUUAGCUUUUUUUUGUUCUAUUACAUUCAUUCAUUUUCUAUCUAUAUUGCCUUUUAAUGUAUUUUUUUCCCAAUGUGAAUAUUUUUCCUCAGUGUUCUGCUUUUUUUGGGACUAUGCAGUAUAGCUCGGCAUGUACCGGGAUUUCACGUGUAUGAGCCGCACACAAUAAUGUUUUUUUUGUACAUGGAUAAAUAUGCAAAAAAAAAAAAGUGCACACAGAGGCAGUUUUGAAAAAGAAAUGUUUUCCAGGGAUUAACUGCAUUAUGAGAAGAUGAUAAAAUAGUUUUUUUAAUUAAAAAAAAAUUAUUAUAAUUAAUUAAUAAAAAAAUUCAUACUUGUCUUGUAUAUUUCUUAGCUAACUUUUGUUAAGUCGCUGUGUGAUGAUUUUAGCAUAAUUUUGUACAAUGACAACACAAGUCAGAUUGUUAUGUUGAGUAAUGUUCUCCUUCAUCGUCAGUUCAUUAAUCAGAAUCAAAAUCAGAAUCAGAAAAGGUCUAUUGCCAUGUAUGAUGAAACACAUACUAGGAAUUUGUUUUGGUAUAGUAGGUGCAGACACAUCUAUUAAAAAAGAAAAAUACAAAAUAUGAAAAAUACAAAAUAUACAGAAUAUACAGAGCUUGUGAUUGGCGCCUGUCAAAAAAAGAGCUACCAUUUCCACAGGGUUCAAAUUAAAAAAAAAAAAAAAAAGUAGCGGCUCAUACACUGGAAAUUACGGUACUUUUUGCUGUAUCUUUUGUCUUUUGUCCCUUUUUUAGCUAUUGUAACCAUUUUUUGUUCUAUUACAUUCAUUCAUUUUCGAUCUAUAUUGCCUUUUAAUGUAUUUUUUUUUCCCAAUGUGAAUAUUUUUCCUCAGUGUUCUGCUUUUUUGGGACUAUGCAGUAUAGCUCAGCAUGUACCGGGCUUUCACGUGUACGAGCCGCACACAAUAAAGUUUUUUUUGUACAUGGAUAAAUAUGCAAAAAAAAGUGCACACAGAGGCAGCUUUGAAAAAGAAAUGAUUUCCAGGGAUUAACUGCAUUAUGAGAAGAUGAUAAAAUAGUUUUUUUUAUUUUUUAAAAAUUAAUUAUUAAUUAUAAUUAAUUUAAAAAUUCAUACUUGUCUUGUAUAUUUCUUAGCUACUUUUUGUUAAGUCGCUGUGUGAUGAUUUUUUUGGAAUGUGGGAGGAAACCGGAGUCGCGGGGGGUGCUGGAGCCUAUCCCAGCUGUCUUUGAGCGAGAGGCAGGGUACACCCUGGACUGGUGGCCAGCCAAUCACAGGGCACAUAUAGACAAACAACCAUUCACACUCACAUUCAUACCUAUGGACAAUUUGGAGUCGCUAAUUAACCUAGCAUGUUUUUGGAAUGUGGGAGGCAACCGGAGUACCCGGAGAAAACCCACGCAUGCACGGGGAGAACAUGUAAACUCCACACAGAGAUGUCCGAGGGUGGAAUUGAACCCUGGUCUCCUAGCUGUGAGGUCUGCGCCAUAACCACUCGACCGCCGUGCCACCCUUAAUUAUUAAUUAUAAUUAAUUAAUUUUAAAAAUCAUACUUGUCUUGUAUAUUUCUUAGCUAAGUUUUGUUAAGUCGCUGUGUGAUGAUUUUAGCAUAUUUUUGUACAAUGACACCACAAGUCAGAUUGUUAUGUUGAGUAAUGUUGAGUAAUUUUUUUGAAAGGUACCAAAAUGUAUGAUCAAUACAUUUGUACCUUUUGGUACCCUGCUUUUGGGGUUCAAACCACAGUGACGGGGAUGAUGACAUAGGCUAGAAUUGUACUGAUAAUCACAUGACCCAGACUUUUAUGUUAUUGUUUGGAUCUAAAUAAAUCCACAUUUACAAGAAAUAACACCAUUAAGAGCUGACUUGUAUUUGUACUUGUAUAUUUCUUAUGUACACUUUUUGGGUGUUAAGUUGCUGUGUGAUGAUUUUAGCACAAAAAACUCAUCAUGCACUAUUUUAACUUUAUUUCUGUGCUGACCUGAUUUUUAUUUCAAGUCCAAAUCAAGUCAGAUUUGCCUGAAAUAACCCCAUCAUGAGCAGAACCAGACCCCCACGCAUCUUUUUCAAUGGUGUUGAUCUGCUACGGAUGUGGAUGUUGCAAAUUUAAAGGUUAACACUAAGUACCGAGUGAGUGUCGGCGCCUACGGUUGGGCCGGGGAGGGUCGACCCAGCAUGCCCCGAGACGUCGGCACAGGCUCACAUGAAAUGUGCAUGCCACCCUCACCCCCCACUCAGCCUGUCGUCAUGGCGAUAUCCGACACGGAGCUGGCGCUGUCAUGGCAGCAGGGGGAGAGCGAAGGAAGUGCACCUGUGCUCCACUUCCUGGUUGCUUAUAUCAGGCCGGAAAUGGACACAGAGUGGACGUACAUCCGGGAGGCCAUUGGGACCAACUCCAUGGUGCUGAAGGGCCUGAUACCAGAAACAGAGUACCAGUUUGUCAUCAGAGCCGUCAACUUGUACGGAGCCAGCCCGCCGAGCCACGUCAAUAACCCGGUGCGCACUCUGGGUGCAUCAGACGUGGGCAGUGGCGACUACGGGCGUUACCUCACAGACGCCCAGAUCAAAGACGACGAAGGUUUUGACGACUCGGACUAUGACAUCUUUAUCGAGAAGAUGAACGAGUUUCCUGACAUCAGUCAAGACAGCGGCAAGUCGCAGCUUCGCUCUCGCUCCGGUCCGUCGGGUCAGAACAUCGUUUACCGCAUGAACACCAUGGCUCCGCCCGACAACACUUCGCUUCCUCUGGAUUCCUCCGCAGCCUUGCCGAACUUCUUCCCCACCAGCUCAGAACGGGACAUCAGCACGGUGACCAUCACUACCACCACCAGCACCACUUUGCCCGCAUCCACCGCCACGCCCACCAUGUCCCAGUGGAACGGCGAGGUUCCACGCGUCUACCAACUGACCUGUGACGACACCGUGUGCCCCCCCGACAGCUUCUGCCUCAGCGACUUUGAUAGCGGCGGAUCACGCUGUCACUGCAACCUUGGACGUGCGGGGAACACUUGCUCUGAAGUGGUGUCUGUCAAGUUCCCCAGGUUCUACGGCUACUCCCACAUGACCUUUGAACCUUUGAAGAACUCAUACCAGUCUUUUCAGAUCACGGUGGAGUUCAAGGCGGACGCUGAGGAUGGACUCUUGCUCUACUGCGGCGAGAACGAACACGGCCGUGGAGACUUCACCUCAUUGGCUCUGGUGCGAGGCAAGCUGCAUUACAGGUUUAACUGUGGGACGGGGACGGCUCAGAUCAUCAGCGAGAGUCGCGUCGUAGUCGGCCAGUGGCACACGGCGACCGUCUUCCGAGACGGCAUGAGCGGCUGGCUGCGACUGGACAACGACACGCCCAUAUCCGGUCGAUCACCGGGUCAGUACACCAAAAUCACGUUCCGCUCGCCGCUGUACGUGGGCGGAGCUCCGAGUGCUUAUCAUUUGGGGAGGACGACGGGGACCGGUAGAGGCUUUGUUGGAUGCUUGCAAAGUCUAACCGUCAACAAUAUGGCCGUCGACAUCAGGCCGUGGCCGCUGGGACGAGCGCUGAGUGGCGCUGACGUAGGCGAGUGCAGCGACAGCGUGUGUGACAUCGUGGGCUGCGUCAACGGCGGCGCGUGCUACGCAAACCGCGCCGAUGGCUUCAUCUGCCUUUGCCCGCUCGGCUUCAGGGGAGCGCUUUGUGAAGAGAGCUUCUCUCUGUCGUCUCCUCUCUUCAACGAGACUCUCCUGUCGUACGCCGUGGUGCCGUGGCCUCAGCCCACUCAGAGCUACCUGUCCUUCAUGGAGAUCGAGCUCACCUUUCGACCUUCUGCGCCCGACGGAACGCUGCUGUAUAGCGACGACGGCGGCAGCGCCGACUUCCUGGCCAUCAACCUGGUAGAGCGAUACGUGGAGUUCCGAUUCGACUGCGGCUCUGGAGGCGCCGUUUUAAGGAGCGAGGAGCAGGUCAGCCUGGACGCUUGGCAUGAGCUGAGGGUGUCUCGCACCGCAAAGAGCGGCAUCCUGCAAGUGGACAGCCAGAGGCCCGUGGAAGGAUUUGCCGAGGGGGCUUUCACACAGAUAAACUGCAGCUCCCCUCUCUACAUUGGAGGCGUGCCCGAGUAUGAGAGAACCAAGAGAACCGCCGCCGUCAUGAAGCCCUUCAGCGGCGCUAUUCAAAGGUUUAUACUCAACGAUCGCACCAUCUCCAUAACAAACGACUCAGCCGGCGGCGUCAACUUAGCCAAUUCCGCUCACCCCUGCGUCCAAGGUCCGUGCGCCAACGGGGGCACCUGCAGACCCAAGUGGGACGGCUACGAGUGUGACUGCCCCCUCGGGUACGACGGCCGGCACUGCCAGAAAGAGUGUGGAAAUUACUGCUUGAACACAGUGACCGAAGCCAUCGAGAUCCCGCAGUUCACCGGUCGCAGCUACCUGACAUAUGACAACAGAGACAUAUUAAAAAGGGUGUCCGGUUCCAGGAACAACCUCUUCAUGCGAUUCAAGAGCACAGCCAAGGACGGUCUCCUGCUGUGGCGAGGAGACACGCCCAUGAGAGCAAACAGUGACUUCCUGUCCAUGGGACUGCAGGAUGGAGCGCUCAUCUUCAGUUAUAAUCUAGGCAGCGGGCCGACAAACGUUGUCGUCAAUGGAACCUUCAGUGAUGGGAAGUGGCACAGAGUCAAAGCUGUCAGGGACGGUCAGUCGGGGAAGCUGACGGUGGACGACUACGGGGUCAAAACGGGUCGUUCACCCGGCAAGAUGCGGCAACUGAACAUCAACGGGCCGCUAUAUGUCGGCGGCAUGAAGGAGAUCGCCCUCCACACCAACAGGCAGUACGUCGGCGGGCUCCUGGGCUGCGUGUCGCACUUCACGCUCUCCACCGACUACCACGUGGCGCUGGUGGAGGACGCCGCCGACGGCAAGAACAUCAACACGUGCUCCAAGUAGAGCCUCACUUCCUGUUUUUGAAGAAGCGUGCCAUCUUGGAGAACUGGAGAACUGACACGAUGAUAUGUUCACGUGUUGGCCACAGGGGGCGACAAAGCGCUCUUGCAGGCCAAAACUUUAGAAGGACAUUUUUGAUGGGAAUAUUCUUUUUUUUUUUUAACUGCAAAUCCUCCUUUGAUUGAAAAGUAAUCCUGAGGAUGAAGUAUUACGACGGAGGGGUCCGACCUAGAGCGGCUAGCACACAUCCAACUUCUCUGUAGAGGAUUUUACUUCGGCUAUAGCGACUUUUAUCUUUAAUUUCUUGAUGGUUGUGUAGUGGUUGUGUGGCUCUGUAGACAAGGUGUGCGUUUUUUUGUUUUUUAACAAGUCAAUACUUGCUGAGGGUGAAGCUUUAGCUUUUAACUUCAUUGUAGGAAACACAAUCAUGUUUUUAUAUGGAAAAAAAAAAUUUGCAAAAGCUGGGAUUUUUUUUUUUUUCAUCCCAAGAAAUCUUUGCUGACUCAUAUCCAAAUGGAAUAAAAUGUUUACUAACUCACAGACACAGCACCGUGUGUCUCACUUGUUGCUAGGCGGAAUCCAUAGGGUUGAAUCACAACCGCCAAUGGAGUCACCACUUUGUUCAGGCGUUUCGGGUGACAUUUUUGCUUAUUUAUUGUAGUAAAAUUACAAAUGUA